CCCCCGAAUUGAACAUUUUUUUUCCCGGUGAACCGGCUGCUCACUACAUACGAGGAUGGGAGAGCCCAGAACAAUUUUCUUUGGUUUAGAUGUUUUGCGUCGAUUUCUAUUAUUCAGAAACGAAAGAUGCAUACUGCUUUAGUCGAAACCGCCCGAGUAUUUAGAAGAGGCAGAAGAAAUUGUGCUCCCGCUAUUCCGGGACCCCAUUUUUUUUCGCGAAGGAUUCCGGAACCCCUUCAAAACCAUCCUCCCUCUUCCCUCCAUGUUCCUCUCCUCUCCCUUUUCUCUCAUUUGUCUUCCCUUCCAUUGUUCUUUCGUUCAGAGCUUCUUGUUUGAGGGUUUCUCUAGUUUCUAAGCUUUUCUCCACCAUUUCACAUUCCUUGAUUCCUUUCCUUGAACCCCACAAUCACAAUCACAAUAUGGAUCUCCCUUCAGAUCGCUCCUCCGGCACCUCCACCUUCCAGCGGUUUAUGCAGCAGAGGAUCCGCGCCUGCCAGCAAGACUGCAGGUGCCUCCAGCAUGAGAUAUACGAUCUGGAGGAUCGUCUCGAGGAGACGGAGAAACAGUUGGAAGAAAUCAAGGCUGAAACAAGAACGAGCCACAGGGAGUUGUUCAAGUGUGUUAAGGACAAGGUGGACAUAGCUUGGAAGUGCGCCAAGAUGAAGAUGGAUCAGGAGAAAGUUUUUGGGGCGCAAGAAAUUCAGAAAUUAUGGGGCACCGAUGAGUCAUUGAUGAUCGACAACAAAGAUCCUGGAGGACAGUCUACAGAUAUGGUUUCUAAGGUUGAACGCUUGCUAAAGGACCUGGAAAGCAUGGGAAUGAACCCCAAGUUACCUGAAGUGGAGGUCAAGGUAUUCCCAGAAGGAAGUAAGAGCUAUCCUGUGGUAGUGGAAUCUAGCAAGAUGCCACCAGGGAGAGAAGAAUCAAGCUUAGAAAAGAUGCUGUCCAACUGAAAUGGGAAUUGAAUCAUUAUGGCAGAUUUAAUGACUGCCAUUCUCACUUCUCUGACAUAAUUCUCCUGAAGUGGUGUCACUGGUAUUCUGCUUUGGCGUCUCACUGUGUCGUUAUGAAAUCUUGGUUCUGCAGCUCUUCAAAUGAUGCAAACAUUUUGUAGGUUUUAUUACAAUCUGUACAGAAGCACGAGGAAGAAUUUAAAAAUUGAAAACAUGAUUGCUAUGGAUUCUUCUACCUUCUCAUAUCCACAGUAAUUUUGAUCAAAUAAAAAAUGAACAUAAUAUUUAAAAACGAAUAUAAUAGUAAAAAAUGAUACAUCUUUGUUUACUCUGGGCUUUGUCCUGGAUGUCCUACAUACCUUGUUUGGUUUGCCACCCAUGGAUGGGCUGAUAAUUCUAUAUUUACUAUAGAAGUAUCUUAGAAAUAUAGCUCCCAUGUAAAUCUUAGAAAUGUCCAUUGGCUGACAAUUAAACGGCUGUGUGAGAGUCCCGACAUCAACCCUUUAACAGCAUAUAUAUCGGACAUGGAACUGAGAUACAGGGUCUAAGUUUGAAGGCUCUAUUCUUAAUGCAAGGUUGGCUAUCAUGGUUGGCCAGCCAGUUUGCCACCUGGUUCACUUGUCAAGGACUAUGCUUAAAAGCUGAACCUUGUGCUAUUGCUACUCUCUUGUAUUUUUAGAAUAUGCAUCACUUCGCCAAAGGCCAGUGGCAUGGACAGUGUCCCUGCUAUCGUAUUCAUGAUGAGCAAGUGGUCCAAAUGACUCAUCUAAAAAAAGACCAGGGGGUCCAGGUCAACCAUGAUCUGUGCAGAUUGUGAAAUCGACACAGAAAGUUGGGUCGGAGUUAUAUAAAUGUUGUAAUGUCAAGUAACGUGGGAACUAUGUUUACAAGGCAUUACUCGGAUUCCUUUUUAAUUACGCUCAUUCAUACAAGAAACCUCUGAUUAAGUUGGGUAGAAAUCAAUAACCCAUCAAAGAUGUAUUACGAUAAAAUAUAAACUUCAUAAUAUAAAUUUAUAAAAUGAAUAUAUAAAAAUUAACAGAAUAUCACUGAAUAUCAUUUAUGUUUCAGGAAUAUUAAGAUAAUUAUGUAUAACAAUUAUGUAUAUUUAGGGAUUAUAUAGAACCCUUUAGUACGGGGAUGUUCAACUAAAAUACCCUUUAUUACGUUAAGGGCACAAUUUAAUAAACAUCACUCUUAGGUUAUGUUCUAACGUUUCAUGGAAAAUUAUUUAUAUUUAGUACAAAGGUGCAUUUGAUGGUUGAUUUGGACAUUAGAUCAACAAUGACGGCUAACAUAAUUAAAGUCUGAUAACAAAUCAAUUCAUAUUGGAUUUAGGAUUUAAGUCAAAUCGAUUUCCUGCUUUCAUAUAACAUGACCUUCGGAUUAUGCACCAGGGUUCUAUGAUAAGUAUUAUUUAUUUUAUAGUUUUCACUUGGAUAUUGAGUCAGCCCCAAGUCCAGCACAAUUUGUGCCGGUCUUAAGUUUUAAUUCAGGUCACAUCACGGCAAAUUUAAGAUUCGAGUUUCAUUUCAAUUUGUAAUGUCAUGACCCUUGAAUUGUGAACCAGUUCCUUGUGACAAAUUAAAAUGUAUAUUAGAUUUAAAUAUCAGGUUAAGACUUAAACCUAUCAUAAUUCACACGUAUCUUCCAAACUUGGUUCAUGUAAGAUAAAGAACUCAAAUUAGAUUGAUUUUCCAAAUUUUGUACGGCACGGCCCCUAGAAUUGUGCACCAAGGUCUAAAGACACAUGCAUGUGCAUGUACAUUUAUAAUUUCUUGGUUCACAAAUUAUUUAUACAUUCUUUAUGUUUGAGAUAGAUUAUUAGGUGGUUUACAUUCAACCAUCCCCUAUCAUGAUUAAUCUGAGUUGGCCCAAACUUAUGUUACAUUGUUUGAAGCCUUUCCAUGCAUUAUUUGUGAACGAGCUUGAUUUGGAGAAAACAAGUUCCCUCAACAUGGAAAAUUUUGGGUUAGACUAAAAAUGACAUAGCAGCUCCUAUUUCAUUUUUUUCCUUUCGUUCAUCUGCUGUUUGGACUGAUCCACUAGUUCAGGGGUACAUAAUUUCUCUAAUAUCUGCCCCUGAUGCGGUUCCCUCCCGGCUCUCAGUAUAAAGGCUCUGUCGGUCUGUCCUCUCUCCCCCUUCUACUUCCCCUCUCCCUCCCUUCUUUGGUAGAGAGCUUCUUGUUCCAGGGUUUCCGAGGCUUUGCUCCCUUUCCCGAUCUCCUUUUUUGUUUCCUUCUCCCAACCCGAAAUCCCUUCUUGGGGUUCAGAAGAUCGCCAUUUUCUUCGUCACUGGCUUCGAGUAGGAUCGAUUCUUAGAGGUGUUCUAAUGGCUUCCAGCCAUCAUAGUAUGGAAGAAUCCGCCGAUUGCUCCUCCGCGUCGACCAUGCAGCUGAUGCUCCAGAGCUGUCAGGCCGCUCGCCGGCGCCUCCAGGAACGCGUCUCUGCUCUCGAAGACAACCUCAACUACAAGAAAACGCUCCUGGAGAACCACCAGAUUGAAGCUAGAACAUUUGACGACGGGCUGAAGAAGUGCAUUGAGGACAAGGCGGCGGUGGCAGCAAAGUGCGCCAAGCUGGAGAAUGAAAUGAUGAAAUUGACGAUGCCCUGUGAAGAGCCGGCGAAGACUGAUGUGAGCAUGAGCACUGAGGAGUUGAAGAACUCAAACGAGGAGAAGGAGAUGAUAGCAUCUGUGAGCAUCCAGCUGGAGAAUUUGAUGGAAAAUACAAGAAAAUUGGCUGCUGAGUUUGCAUCCUUCAGAACAGAGUUAGAAAGCAUGGUUAUCAAUAAGAAGAGCUGAAGAAGAGACUGGUGUGAGGGAGGCAACAUCAAGCAUGAAGAAAUCAAAAGAGCUGGAAGUCAAUUAAAUUUCAGUGGGCAGCAGCCUGAGUAACAUGGUGUUCAGUGAGAGGUGUAACAUUCUGUCAUCAUGAAAUCUGGUUAUGUAGCUUUUCAAUUGAUUCAUAGGGGUGUCACUAAUUCUUGUAAAAUGUUUGUUCCAAAACCUUUUUCCAACCUUGAAUCAAACUAUCCUUAUCCUAA